AUGCCUUCUGCCGUGGGCAAGAAGGACCCAGAACGCGAACCUUCAUCCGGCUCAGUCUCCUCCACUCCCGAACCUGAUCCCGAAACCUACACUCAGGAAGAGCCUCAGCAGCAAAAGCGUAAAGGUGGACGUAAACCCAUAUAUGCUACUUCCGAGGAGCGCAAGCAGCGUAACAGGCAAGCUCAGGCUGCCUUCCGCGAGCGAAGAACUGAAUAUAUAAAGCAGCUGGAAAGCACCAUCAAGCACCAUGAAGAGACGCUACAAAAUCUGCAGCAGAAUCACCGCACCGCCGCCGACGAAUGCCUUAUGCUUAGAUACAAGAAUUCGCUUCUGGAGAGAAUCCUGCUAGAGAAAGGCAUUGACGUGCAAGCCGAACUGCAAGCAAAGACUGGAAGUCCCAAUCUAGGCCCGGUCCAGGCACCCCCAGCGAACACAUCGCCUGCGCAGCCACCCAUGCGUAGUGCUAUCAUGAAUAACCAUAGGCAGCGUCGUUCUCUUGUAGGCAUGCCACACAAGCUGGAAGGUGUACCGGCAAUGGCACUUGGUCAACAUGAAGUUGCUAUGACGAACCGUUCUCCGCUAUCACAGCCGACAUCGGCUUCACACCUGUCCUCGCCAGCCACGACUGCAACCAAGUCUCCCAACUUCAUGCCAGUGUCCAGUGCCAUACACUCUCCCAACUUUGGUCCCCUUGGCCCGCAGCAACAUAUGCGACAGACGCAGCAACCUCCAAGAUCCCAGUUCAACCAGAUACAGCCUCCGCCCCAGCGACCCUCGGUCAUAACGGCUCAACAGAGUCCAAGUGGUAUGACAAGUGGAGGAAACAACGUAAUGUCGGGUAAUACGAGCGCUGCCACCGGGCACUAUUACCCUUCACCGUUUCAGAGUCAUAUGGAUCAACUCGGCAAGCUGUCCCGCCCCCAGCAAGAGUACGACGCCCAAGCCGAUAUGCUCGACGAGCAAGACCCCGCCGAACAUGCCGCGGGCCCCGGCCCUUUCCCGAAUCACUACACGACGCCGCAACUUGCACCGCAACAGUCCCCGCACGGGUUACCGAAUCCACCUGUGCCGAAUUCGAAUACACAAACCUUCCAAUCGCCGGUCGCUAUGCACCCGACCGAUACGAAUGGCAAUUUUCAGAACAUCAACAACCAGAUGUUCGAUUCCUACGAUCCCAUGCUAGACGCAGAUCCAUUUGGUCUCUCUGCAAGCAUGCACUUCCCAACACAAUUCCAAUACGAGUCGAGAUAA